AUGUAUGUGAAAUGUUUUGAAAACAGUAAUGUUUUACUAUGUGAUUUUAGUGAAUUUAGUGAAUGUCACUUUUUGUCAUUUUCCAAUUUCCCGCCGUUCCGUCCCCCGUACAUCCCGACAUCGCAGGGGACGGAACCCAGAAGACAGAUGCCAGCAUCCGCCGGAGGACAUUACAGGGGACACUGCAGGAGGGAAAUCGCAGGAGCGCAGGACAAGGUAAGAGAAGAACAGAUCCCGGAGCAUGGUAAGCCCGAGUGUAACUCGGGGUUACCGCUUGUGCUACACUCGGGAAUACUGCAAGGGAGGCUA